AAGGUCUAACCUUAAAUCUUCUUGUACGAAAAAGAAACUAACGAAGUUAAGAAAGUAGAAAGUGUUUUAUAAAGAAGUUGAUUCAUCCCCAAAUUUGUUCUCCUUGUCCAAAUCGAUCCUCCCUAAACUCAGAAAUUGAUUCCGCUCACAAAACAAAAAAACAACACGUGCGUGUUUGUGCUCACAAACUCACGAACACCUUGAGAGAGAAAGAUGAAGAGACGCAAUUCUUUCCAAGAAAGCGACGAACCUUAACCUCAUUCAAAGAAAUGCGAUUAUUUCUGUUUCUGUUUGAAAACUGAAGAGUGGAUGAUUGUUUAAAAGCCGAAAGGGGGUUCCAAUAGCACGAUCUGCAGCUGCAACACCAACUAAUUUGUAGCGAUCCACUGCAUUGUUGUAUAUCAAGUCCAAACUGCAUGCGGAAGUCCCAUUUUUAGUGGCGUAACACUAUUUUAGUGUAAUUUAAUUGCUCCUCUUAGUUAUUUGAAAAUAUAUCUUAUAAGCACUUGCGAUAAUUUCAUGAUGAGAAAUUAUCUCUUUCAGUUGUAAAUGCCCUCAAUUUCAUUUUGAGAAGCCACAAAUUAUUGAUACUAAGGAACUAUAAGGAACAUAGGAUUCAUGUUAAAUACACCAAAUCCUUAUCUUAAUCCCAAUAAGCUUUAUGACCCAGUCAGCAAACCAACCCAGAUUCCUUCCAAAUCCAAAUCUCUGACCCAGCCAGGAACCCGAUUCAACAAGUCAACUGUGUUUUCUCCCAUAGACAGCAACAGUGUACGCAUAUGAACAAACAUAUUUCUCAAAAUUAGUCCUGUGCACAAGACUGAAUUGAUUCCAACAUCCAGUUGCAGUACAAAGUUUUGAAUUUCUUGUUUCAGAAUUUUGGAAGAGGGGAGAAACAAUUGAAAAGAGAUGGUAGGACUUUCAAAUCUGUUCUUAGAUAAACCAAAGGUAUGUGACUCAUGGGUUGUGAUAUAAUAUCUAUCUUUAUGACAUAGGCGAUCUAAAGUCGUAACUGUUUGUGUCCAUAGGCUUAAUAAAAGAUGAUUAGAGUAAAGUAACUUGAAAGUUCAAAAGUAAAUCCAUAGGCUUUCUUCCUCAUGGUAACUAAAACAAAUAUUAGUAUACUUGCCUAGGUUUGGUAAUGUCACUUAUCAGUAGCUAUUCAUGCAUAUUUGUUAUUUACAAGUGUUAAGCUUAGAAUUGCCAAACCAAUAUGUGUUUAUCUGGCAAGUCACAAGAGUUACAUAUUCUUUUAUUUAUAUAUAUAUAUAUAUGCUUCUUAGUGGAAACAUGCUGGUCUGAGGUUUCAAAUUGAAUUGGUUUUAUGUAACAUGUUGGCUUUAUAUAUAUAUGUUCUUUUAUUUUAAUGUCUUCCAACAAUCCCCCACUAUCCACCGCCACAUUUUCGAAAAUAAUCCUGUUUCUAUGACGCCACACCGACCAAAUCACCGCAUGCCAAAUCAUUACCAAACCUUGUCUCAUACUUUUACCACUCGGAGUUGCCACAACAUAAUUAAGAAGGGACCUGACAUCGUGAGGUAACAUGAAAUGCAUACCUAACCAAUUAAAAACACGUUCCAAGACCUGUAAAAUUACUCUGCAAUAUAGAAACAGGUGAGUCCCCGAUUCCACUCAAUCUCCACAGAAAACGCAGUUUUGAUCUCCUUCUUCUGUAAUAACAUGUUGCCUAACCAAAUUCUCUCUAGUCGGCGCUCUAUCGUGGAGAACCAUCCACACAAACCCCGUGACUUUAGUCGGUGCCUGACACUUCCAUAUAACUUUGAAUGCUGAUUCUAGAUCUUCGGGAAUGAUCCUCCUGGCAAUAAGCAUAUUAGACACCAAAACAUAAGUGGAUAUCUUUUUAAUUGUUGUUCAAAAAUAUUGACAAUGAGCUGAUUAUUAAAUUGCUUUGACUGAGUUGUGUGAUUGUGCUUCCUGGAUUUCUAAAGUCUGCAACUUUUCUAUUGAUUUGUGCUUUAAAGGUGAAAAAGCUUAGAUUUUUAUUAACAUUUUGUUUCAAUUCAUCAUUUUCCAUUGAUUUAUUUUUUUUAAUUUUUUUUGGGGGGUCUUUCAGCAACACCCUUCUGUAAAAACGUACCUGGUUCUGAAACCCAAUUUGAAUUUCAAUCUCUAGGUUCAUAUUAUUUCCCUUUAUUUGAUUGAUUAGUUGGUUUAUAUUUAUGAGUUGUGAUUGGUUUUUCUUUUUCAAUUUUACUUUGAAUAUUUUUAAUAGUUUGAAGCUUCUUGUAUAGAUUAAUGAUAGUAAUUGGUUUUGUCUUAGUUGGUUAGCAAUUACUAUGAUAAUGAUACGAUGUAGCUUAACCUAGCCGCCCCUAGGCACUACGGGGGACAUCAUUGCAUUGUGAUUUUGAGUAGCGGCUGUAGCCUGUAGCACCACUAAUAGCGGUCAGAUUGCGGCCAAUUAGUGUCUACUAUAUCAAAAUCCUUGCAAAAUUUGCUUUUAUAAAUGUGUUCAAUAUGUUCAUAAAAUCAUGAGCUUUGAAGUUUAGUCUUAAUUUUUUGUUAUAUUUUUGUAGGGAUAAUUUUCAAAUAUAGAUUAAAAACAGUAAAAUUUAUGUAGAAACUAAACUUGAAAGGUCGUGAUAUUGUAGGGACUUAAAAAUCCUAUUUAACCCUUAAAUUAUUGUAAACAACUAACUAACUUUUGACUUAGUGGUGCCUAUGACUGCAUUUUCAUUGUACAAAAGUCUAUGUGGCAUUAGGCCUUUGUUAAACACCUUCACUGAAAUUGAGUUGUGAAACUUAGACAAGUUACACAUUCUCCAGUCAUAACUAGUGUGUAACUGAGUACGUGUAGUUGAUUAUUCAAAAAAUUUAAUUCUCAAAAUAAAUACAGAAGCUAGUAAUUUGGUAAAAUUAAUAGAUGCAAUUUAAUUCCCUAUGCACCUUCCCUUUAAAAUUUCCGUAAAUUUGCCAUCCAAGAUUCCAAACAACCUUGAGUAGUGACCUUGCAUCAGCUUUCAGAGGUAUAGAAUGCAGACAGAGCUGUGAGUGAAGCAUUUACCUUAGAAUCAGUUUGAAAAUUUUUAUUCAAUAUUAUGAAACAGAAGAAUGUAUUUGGUUUGAAGGUAGUGGAUUCAAGAGUUUAAAGUUUGGAUCCCACUUUCAGGUUUAUUGGAGUCACUUCUGGUACAAUAUUGAUCAAUUGUUAAAUAAAUAAAAGAUGGAGUAAAACAUGUUAUUUUUGGUUUUAUUCUUGUUAAUAUCCUGACUUGUUACUUGAGUAGUCUAAUUUCAUCAUUUUAGUAAUUACUUCUAGUCGGCUACUGCUGCAUAGUAGCGGUAUAGUACCUCUGUAGAUGGGCACACAUAUUUGAUCUGUGUUUUUACAGUUGUAUAUUGUGCUUGCUCUGAUGUUGUUUGUAGUAUUAAACAUUUUUGUGCAGUAUCCUUAAAUUUGUAUACUUAUUUGAGUUAUUUAUGUGUGUACAUGUUGAGAUGUAAUGUUUUUGUUACCGUCACUGCUCACCAGGGUAAGUGAAAAAAAAAACUCUGAACUAAAUAGCUGACAAGUUGCAAGGGUGCAGUGAUUGAUAAAAAGAAUGAGGAUCGUUGGACUGACUGGUGGAAUAGCAAGUGGCAAGAGCACCGUUUCCAAUUUAUUCAAGUCUCAUGACAUCCCCGUUGUUGACGCUGAUGUAGUUGCUCGCGAGGCGUUGAAGAAAGGGAGUGGUGGAUGGAAAAAAGUCGUUGCUGCGUUUGGGGAGGAAAUUCUACUUGACAAUGGUGAAGUUAAUAGAACUAGACUGGGUCAAAUUGUUUUUGCUGAUCCCGAUAAGCGUCAAUUUCUCAAUCGAUUGUUGGCACCUUAUAUAUCGUCCGGGAUCUUUUGGGAAGUUGUGAAGUUGUGGUCGAAAGGUUACAAGGUCAUUGUUCUCGAUGUCCCUUUGUUAUUUGAGGCCAAGAUAGACAAGUUCACGAAGCCCAUUAUUGUUGUGUGGGUUGAUCCUGAAACACAGAUUCAAAGACUCUUGACAAGAGACAAGUCCAGUGAGGAGGAUGGUCGUAACAGGGUUAAUGCUCAGAUGCCGCUGGAUGCUAAAAAGAGUAAAGCUGAUAUAGUAAUUGACAACACCGGGUCACUAGACGACUUGAAUGAACAAUUUCAAAAGGUUUUGGUUCGUGUGACUGGACCCUUGGCAUGGUAUGAGUUUUGGCGUUCUAGGCAGGGAGUCUCGAUCAUUCUUGCUUCACUUACCUCAGGUGUUGUUCUAUGUAUGAGGGCAUUUAACAACAACAAUUCAUAGCCACUUGCCAAUAAUGUGUUUUGUGAAGUGUUUUACUGUAACUUUUUUUUUGAGUAAGCUUUUUUAUGUAACAUGCCAAUAAUGUGUAUUUAUAUAUAUAUAUGUUGGUUUUAUAUAUAUAUUUUUGAGUAAGAAA